CAACCACACACACGACUAAGCAUUUAACAUGUUGGGAUAUAAAUGAGAACGGGUAAAAGAAAGAAAAGCAUACACAUACACAUCAUAUGAUAGACUUAUUGUUUUGAAAGGCACAAAGAUAACAAUGGAGGCCCCAUAUGCGAGAGAAACAGAGGAAGUAAUUGGUGAGGAUUUGAUAACGAGAAGGAAAUCAUCUAAAUUUCAACCACCAAUUAGAAGUAUCUCUUCAACCAGCAGCUGUAUUACCACUGAAUCAAGUGAUGCUGGUAAUUUUGAGUAUUCUGAAAGUAUGGAAAAUCAAAAUACUACUACUACUAAUAAUAAUAAUACAUUUACUACAAAUAAUAAUUACACAAAUAAUUAUACUAUUUUUACAAAUGGUCAAAAACCCAAAAUUAUUGAGGGUAGAUCUGCUGUUGAACUUUUGUCUGAAGCUAAUGAAGAAGAGGAGGAGCCUAAUGUUGCACUUAAUGGAGACACCAACGGAUUCACUGUUCAUCAAAAUGGAUUUGGUGUUCAUGAAUACUCUCUUCCAGAGAGCAAUGGAGGACAUAAGGAAGCCGAUGUCCAAUCGGAUGCUUCUACUUUCUCUAAGAGCCCGGAAGCUUCUGUUGGCCUUCAGUUGCUGGAUGAUAGCUCAAAUGGUGACAAUGUUGCAUCGUUUGAGAUGUAUAAUGGUGAAAACAUAGUGAACAAAACCCUGGUUGUAAAUGGUCAAAAUGAAAUUGUUGAAACAGAACAUUCUCAAGAAGUUGAACCAGAGGUAGAUGAAUAUGAUGUUGAGAAGGUGGUACAGAAUCAGGAAACACAUGAUUUCUUUUGUCCUAAUUGUAAGUCAUGUAUUACCAAAAGAGUCAUUCUAAAAAGAAGGAAACGGAAACAUGGUGAUAUUUCCGAAGAUGACAAAGUUUCCGGGAAAAGUCCUGGUCAAAUCGAUCCUCCUAUAGUUCCUGGAAGAGGUCCAAUUACAGACGAUAUAAGGCCAGGAACUGGACCUUCUCCGGAUAAUGGGGCUUCAGGUUCAUCUUUUGAUGCCAUCUCGUGCUUUUCGUGCUUCAGCAUUUUCGUUCCGAAAGGAGAUGGUUUUCUAUGCUGGAGAUUCAAAACUAAACCAGCUGUUACUCUGCAGACAGGUGAAUCAGGUGACCCAUUAGCCGGCUCCAUAGAUUCAGCAGGUCAACAAAAAGAGGAUGGCACAGAAACACCUUUUCCUUUGUGGAUCCUGACUUGUUGUCAGCCAUAUCAUGCGGAGAAGCAAGUAACGAAGCCUGUAUCAAAACCUUCACUGACGCCAGAAAAUGAUAAACAAGUCCCACCUCAAAAAGGUGAACUUCCUUUACAGACGCCACCUCAUGAUGUAACAGUGCCUGCUGGAUCUCAACCUUCAAUAGUAACUGAACCUGUAAUACCACUUUCCAGAGACCCUGGUGAAGAAUUCUUGGUAACACCAACACCUGAUUCUCCAGUAACACCGACACCUGAUUCUCCAGUAACAUCUGACAUAGGGAAAGAUAAUUUUCCACUGUGGAUUGUAACAUGCUGUCAACCUGCUAGUGAAGAAAAGAAGCAAAAGUCUUUAGAGAAGCCAGGUCUAAAAGUCCCACCUACAGAGAAAGACCGUCCAUCACCGCCAUCUCAGGAUAAACCAGUAACCCUUAUUCUUCAACAAUCUACAACACCUGGUCAUGACCCAGUAUUAGCUUCUAAACCGUUGACUCCUAUAACACCUUUCACUGGAACACCUUUGACAGCUGAUAAACAACCUCUGGUAACACCAGUUCCUCCUCAGCCAGAAUCCAUUAUAACCGCUGAACCCGAUGCAGGGACAACAUUAAUACCCAGGCCUUUACAUAAUAUAAAACCUGAUGACAAUAUUCCAUCACCACUAGAUCCAGAAGCCCCUCCUACUCCUCCAAAAGGAGAUGUGAUCGUGCCAAUUCCUGACGAAACUCCUGUUCCUCAACCCGUAUAUGCACUGCCUGAAUCUGGAACAGGGCCUAUACUGGAAAUCAAGAUCCCUCUCCUUUACCGUCAACCCGAACCUCCUAGACCUGGAGUUUCUGGGCUGGAUAUAAUUAAAGCCAUUGUCUAUGGUGGUCUCGUGGAAUGCAUCACUAGCCUAACUGUCAUAAGUUCCGCGGCAGGUGGAGACGCCACCACAUUGAAUAUUGUAGCUUUGGGACUUGCAAACGUCUUUGGAGGACUUAUACUUCUUCUUCACGAUCUAAGAAUACUAAAACAUGACCAAUCAACGGAGCGUUAUGAAGAUCAACUAGGGAGGCCAGGACACUUUAUGCUGCACGCAGUUGUUGCCGUGAUAUCCUACCUUGUGUUCGGCCUUAUGUCUCCUAUCAUCUACGGCUUUACCUUCCGAAAGAGUGACAACAAAGACUACAAACUCGCGACACUUGCAACUGCUGCACUUGUUUCCAUCACUAUUCUGUCUAUAGGGAAGUCAUACGUCAGAAGACCUCCAAAGGAAUACAUAAAAACCAUCUUGUAUUACAUCACUAUGGGAUUCAUGGUUUCGGGAGCUGGUUAUGUUGCUGGUGAUCUUAUUAACAUGCUACUGAUAAAGCUCGGUGUGUUUGACUCUAAGGCUCCUGUGAACGGUGCAUGGUCAUCUUAUUGAUCAUUGUUCGCAUUCUGAGAGUUUUCGGCAGCUUUUGAUUUACUAGAAAUCCUAAGAAAGGGAGACUGGGUGUGGUAUGAUGCUUGACCUCUGCGUUUGGAGUUCUGUAUUCUUUGUAUCCUAAUUCAGGCUUCUGCAGUUUUGUGGAGAACUAAUAAUGACAGUAACUAAAUACUGUAUCUUUCUUUUUUUUUGACCAAUUGUAAUCUUGUAAUGCAUAUUGUAUUUUCAUUUUAUUCACUGAUAUUUUGUAGAAAUCAGAAAUGGCAUUUUUUUUGCUGAAGUUGUAAAAUUCCAGUUUCUCUUUCGUUA